UUUUACAUUUUUUACAUUUGAAAAACGUGGAAUAUUUACAUGAUCAGGAAAUCCAACUUUGUAUAAUACAACCUUUAUCACUGGCCUGUAUUUUUUAGCCUACCAUCAGAGAAAUCACAAUGCCACCACUGAUGAAUUAUUGGAUGUGUUUAGUUGCUCUAUCAUUGACAGUGACCACAAGCCAUUCUUUGAGAAGAAUCGCCCUGAAGAAGAUGCCGUCUAUCAGAGAGACACUGCGGGAGAUGGGUGUUUCUGCAGAGCAGGUGUUGAUUGAGCUGACCCAGAAGAGCAGUGUCGACACCAACAACGGCACUGUUCCCACGCCUCUAACCAACUACUUGGAUACUCAGUACUUUGGGGAAAUAAGUAUUGGCUCUCCAGCCCAGAUGUUCAACGUGGUGUUUGAUACAGGCUCAGCCAACCUGUGGGUGCCUUCACAAAGCUGCUCACCGUUCUCCACCGCUUGUUAUACUCACAACAGGUACGAUGCCUCCAAAUCCUGGACUUAUGUCGAGAAUGGAACUGGAUUUUCCAUCCAGUAUGCCUCUGGAAAUGUCAGGGGAUUCCUGAGUGAAGAUGUGGUGGUGGUCGGUGGUAUUCCUGUGGUGCAGGUGUUUGCUGAAGCCACCUCUCUGUCUGCUAUGCCGUUCAUCUUUGCCAAGUUUGAUGGAGUCCUUGGGAUGGGUUACCCCAACGUGGCCAUUGACGGCAUCACUCCAGUGUUUGACCGCAUCAUGUCUCAGCAUGUCCUCAAGGAAGAGGUGUUUUCUGUCUAUUACAGCAGGGACCCCAAACACUCUCCAGGUGGAGAGUUGGUCCUUGGUGGCACAGACCCAAACUACUACACUGGAAACUUCAACUACAUGGACACGAGAGAGACAGGCAAAUGGGAAGUUACCAUGAAAGGUGUUUCUGUGGGGACGGAGAUGAUGUUUUGUGCAGAGGGCUGCACAGCUGUGAUCGACACAGGCUCCUCCUACAUCACAGGCCCAGCCUCCUCUGUGUCUGCGCUGAUGAAAACCAUCGGAGCACAGCUGGAUGAAAGUGGAUACAAAGUCAACUGUGACACUGUCAAGACACUACCAAGUGUAACUUUCCACCUGGGUGGCCAGGAGUACCCGCUCACUCAGGAGGAUUACAUUCUAUGGCAGUCACAGAUUGAAGGAGAUGUCUGCACGGUCACCUUCAGGGGCUUGGAUGUGCCACCCCCUACAGGUCCCAUCUGGAUUCUGGGGGCUAACUUCAUCGCCCGCUACUACACAGAGUUUGACCGCCGCAAUAAUCGAAUAGGCUUUGCUACAGCAGUCUGACAGGAAGUCUGACAGGAAGCCUUUUUUUCUUCUUCACUAUUUUUGCUGCUAUCUCCCAACAUUUUCAGUGACACUUCUUUGACCAGUCUAGCUUUCCUUUGCAUUUUAUGAAAACUCAUGAUCAAAGUAAGUCUCUUUCAUAGAAAUGUAAACAAGUGCACAAAAGGGAACUCAUUCUCAUAUUCCUUGCAAAUCCUGCUCUCCUGUUAUAUAUUAUUUUGUACUAGUUGCACUGAAUGCCUUCUGAACAUGUUUUUAUUUAUAAGCAUUUACCAGCAAAUGCGUGUGUGAGAGUCUGCUGAUUAUUACCAAACAGUAACAAUGGAAAUAUAUAUCCGUAUUGUACUUAUGUAACAAGAAUAAACUUGUUUACUAGGGUUUCAAUUCGA